UUCCUUUGUGCCAUCCACAAGGCAGACGUCAUCUAAAGAAUCUUGACUGAAUUCUUACUUCAUUCUCACGAGUAAGCGUCAUCUACAGCUCCACUCUUGACCAUCAUGACCUCUGUAAGCUCAGUUGCCGACGUCGAUGCCUGGAUUUCUCAGCUCCAGGAUUGUAAGCAGUUAACUGAAAUCGAUAUUAAAAGACUCUGUGAAAAGGCACGCGAAAUCCUGUUGGAAGAAUCCAACGUUCAACCUGUACGAUGCCCGGUGACUGUAUGCGGUGAUAUCCACGGCCAGUUUCAUGAUCUUCAAGAACUGUUCCGUAUCGGAGGCAACUCACCCGACACCAACUACUUGUUCAUGGGUGAUUAUGUGGACCGUGGUUAUUAUUCAGUCGAAACAGUUACAUUGUUGGUGGCCCUCAAAGUGCGUUACAAGGACCGUGUGACUAUCCUUAGAGGAAACCAUGAGUCCCGUCAGAUUACUCAGGUCUAUGGCUUCUAUGAUGAGUGUUUGCGUAAAUAUGGCAAUGCAAAUGUCUGGAAGAUGUUUACCGAUUUGUUUGAUUACUUGCCCUUGACUGCACUUAUUGAAGAUCAAAUAUUCUGUCUUCAUGGUGGUCUUUCUCCUUCUAUUGACACAUUGGACCAAAUUCGCUCUUUGGACCGUAUUCAAGAAGUACCCCACGAGGGACCAAUGUGUGAUCUUCUUUGGUCUGACCCCGACGAUCGUUGUGGUUGGGGCAUCUCUCCAAGAGGUGCUGGUUAUACAUUUGGGCAGGAUAUUUCAGAAACAUUUAACCACAACAAUGGUCUGACAUUGGUUGCCAGAGCACAUCAGUUGGUCAUGGAGGGCUACAACUGGUCGCACGAUCGUAAUGUUGUUACCAUCUUCAGUGCACCUAACUAUUGUUACAGAUGUGGUAAUCAAGCUGCCAUUAUGGAAAUUGAUGAACAUCUCAAGUAUACGUUCCUUCAAUUUGACCCUGCGCCAAGGAAGGGUGAACCUCAUGUUACCAGACGUACGCCCGAUUACUUCCUCUAAAGAAAAGAUCGAGCAGAACAAUAGAUCCUUCAUCACAGCCAAACAAACAACCAAAACAGACAAACAAAUCCUAAAAAAAGGCUAUAUAGAGAAGGAGAACCUUGCUUAACCAAAAAAGAAAAGUUUGGUCUCUUUAACACUUCUCGUUCCCCUUGCCGAUCUUCUCUUCUAUCUUACCUUAUAUAUGUAUAUACACAUAUACACCUACAUAUAUAUAUCCUCUUUAUCUCUCUAUCUUUAACCUGUCCAUUUUAUCUACAUUAACUAUAUUGCACGGCUAUGAAAU